AUGUGGCGGGACAAGAUGCUUUACAAGCGGCUCAAGGAAAGCAGCAGCAAGGGAAAAGAGUGUGUGUCUGGGCCUGGGCGUGUGCCUGACUUAGCCAAGCAGAGGCAGUCCCAGGAGCAGGCCCGCCGCAAGAAGAUGUCGCGGGCCCAAGACGGGAUCUUGAAGUACAUGCUCAAGAUGAUGGAGGUCUGCAAGGCCCAGGGCUUCGUCUACGGCAUCAUCCCCGAGAAGGGCAAGCCCGUGAGCGGAGCCUCCGACAACCUCCGCGAGUGGUGGAAGGAUCGUGUCCGCUUCGACCGAAAUGGGCCUGCCGCCAUCGCCAAGUACCACUCGACCCCAGGGGCCAGUGAGGGCUCGGUUCCUGUGGGGGCCCCCACUCCCCACACCCUGCAGGAUCUCCAGGACACGACACUCGGCUCCCUCCUGUCGGCCCUCAUGCAGCACUGCAACCCUCCCCAACGGCGGUUCCCUCUGGAGAAGGGAGUCCCUCCUCCUUGGUGGCCGACGGGAAAGGAGGAGUGGUGGCACCAGCUAGGCCCACAGCAGGGCCCGCCACCAUACAAGAAGCCCCACGACCUGAAGAAGGCGUGGAAGGUCGGAGUCCUGACAGCUGUCAUCAAGCACAUGUCACCAGAUAUAGCAAAGAUCCGUAAGCUCGUGCGCCAGUCCAAGUGUCUCCAGGACAAGAUGACUGCCAAGGAGAGUGCCACCUGGCUUGCCAUAGUCAACCGGGAGGAGGCCCUGGCUCAAGACCAGAAGCCGGCCUCACUUGGCCUCUUGAAUAUCGGGAUGGGUAGUUUCCAGGACAGGAGCAUGGAUUUCUUGAGGAAGAGAAAGCCAGUACACGAGUUGAGCUCGGCAUUUGACCAAAAAAUUUACACAUGCGAGUUUUUCCAGUUCCCACACGGCGAGGUUCGCCAUGGGUUUCACAAUCGGGCCACUAGGGACAACCAUCAGCUUUCAUGUCCCUACAAGCAUAGUUCCUCGUUCAGGGUUUCGAAUUUUAACGUGAGCGAGAUCAAGCCCAUCGUUUUUCCUCAGUCUUUUGUUGUCCAGCCGAAGCCAGCUGUUGUGCACUUGAGUCACGGUCCACACUCGUCCGAUAUAAAUGGCAUUCGUGUCCCGGAGGAUGGGCGGAAGAUGAUCAACGACCUUAUGUCCUGCUAUGAUACUAAUUCCAAGGGAAAUAAGAGCUCAAACAAUGGAACUUGUGUAAAGGAGCAGUCUUUCCAGAAACGUGAAUUGCCGAUGGUUUUGGCCGACAACAACAUAUUUGACGAUAAUCAGUUUGAUCAGUGCAAGGCCGUGAAUCCACCAUUCACUCUCGGACCAACUGAGAAUUUCCAGUUCGUGUUUGGUUCGCCAUUCAACAUGCCGUCGGUUGAUUCUGCCGAGGAUUUUAAUGGAACCACAAGGGAUAAUAACUUGUCGAGGCAGGAUGUUACGACCUGGUACUAA